CUGCGCGAGUAGGGGGAAGGAGGAGGGGCGAGGUGACGCAGGCGUAAUAAUAGAGAAGGUGCCAGAAAGAUUCAAAACAAGUGGCUGCGGCUGUCGCCCAGGAGUCGUUAGACGCCGGAAUUCGGUGAGGAUCUAGAGAAGCUUAAGGGUGAUUGGCGGCAGGCCCUGGUUCUGAUCUUGUUCCGCACGCCCCUCCCCUGGAUAUGGCGUUGUCCGGGCCGACCCCAGCCCCGAGCUGGGAGGAGGAUGAGUGCUUGGACUACUACGGAAUGCUGUCGCUUCACCGUAUGUUCGAGGUGGUGGGCGGGCAACUGACCGAGUGCGAGCUGGAGCUGCUGGCCUUCCUGCUGGACGAGGUCCCCGGCGCCGCCGGCGGCCUGGCGCGUGCCCGCAGCGGCCUGGAGCUGCUGAUGGAGCUGGAGCGCCGCGGGCAGUGCGACGAGAGCAACCUGCGACUGCUGGGGCAACUCCUGCGAGUGCUGGCUCGUCAUGACUUGCUGCCACACCUGGCGCGUAAGCGGCGUCGGCCAGUGUCUCCAGAACGCUACAACUAUGGCACAUCCAGCUCUUCAAAGAGGACGGAGGGCAGCUGCCGCCGCCGUCGGCGAUCAAGCAGUUCUUCAAAUGCCCGGCAGGGUCAGUGGGAGACAGGUUCUCCCCCAACUAAGCGGCAGCGGCGGAGUCGAGGCCGUCCCAGUAGUGGUGCCAGACGGCGGCGGAGAGGGGGUCCAGUCAACCCCCAGCAGCAGCAGGAGUCAGCCAGGCCCACCUCAGAAGGCAAAGUGACUUGUGACAUCCGGCUGAGGGUGCGAGCGGAGUACUGCGAACAUGGGCCAGCCUUGGAGCAGGGUGUGGCAUCCCGGCGGCCCCAGGCGCUGGCACGGCAGCUGGACGUGUUUGGGCAGGCCACUGCGGUCCUGCGCUCACGGGACCUGGGCUCUGUGGUCUGUGACAUCAAGUUCUCGGAGCUCUCCUAUCUGGACGCCUUCUGGGGUGACUACCUGAGUGGUGCCCUGCUGCAGGCCCUGCGGGGCGUGUUCCUGACUGAGGCUCUGCGUGAGGCCGUGGGCCGGGAGGCUGUCCGACUGCUGGUCAGUGUGGACGAGGCCGACUACGAGGCUGGCCGGCGCCGCCUGCUGCUGAUGGAGGAGGAGGGGGGACGGCGCCCAACUGAGGCCUCCUGAUCCUGGAUCUGGCAGGACUGACCCCUCCUCCUAGCUUCUGGGCUACCUUCUCCUCUGGAGGAUGAUGACCAUCUCUACCCCUAAAUGACUGUCACUCCAGCAGCUCGGAGGACUGCGACAGCCAGGCCCCUUGACAUCCUGGACCCUUGACAGGCCCUCCCACAGGAUGUGGGUGCUGAGGCCUAAACCACUUCCAGCUGAGUUUCCUUCCCAACUCUCCCCCUCCACCCCCAGGUGUGUUCCCUCAGCUUCAGGAAGCUGGGGGCUCAGGCAUGCUGAUCCAAAAGGAAGAGAAGCAUAGCCACACAUUCACCAAAGGCCCCUUGCACAUGUUUCCCUGACCCAGGGCUGUGUGUGCACACACACUGGCCCCCUCUGAAACGUCCCCUGGGCUCCUGCCCUGGCCCGCUCCACUUUGGCCUAAGGGCUUUUCUCUCAGGAUCUCUGAUUAUACUGCCCCCAACCCUGGGCUUCAGCCGCAGCAGUGGGCAUGGAGCUGGGGUGCACCCGGGGCAUGCUCACCUUGCCCACACAUCUCUACAGCCAGCCAGGGCUCUGCCCAGCUUCCACACACAGACCUGGCUCUCCACCUUCUCCUGGAGGCUGGACAGACUUGUACACAGAUCUGCACCCAGAAUGUCACACAUGUGUUGCGGCAGCAGCAGACCAAAUGAGCUGUGUCCCAGGGGCCAGGACCAGACACCAACUUUCUUCUUAGAAAGGGAAGGCAGAGGCAUGGGGCUGAUGGGAAAGGCCUUUUACAAAUGGCUCCAAUAAAACUGCCCUGGAUGGGGCAUAGGUGGGCA